AAAUAACUUGUACAGUCACCAUUCAAACCAGAAAUCAAAAAAUAAUAUAUUGAUUGGACGAACUAACGGAGGACCUUCGGAUCGUUGAAAUUUCGCUAGAAUCCAAAAAUGUGACAGUGAAAGUGCUCGGAGACUAUAAUUGUUUAACAGAGUUGGUUUCGGGUACGACCCAGACGCAUCCUCACCGCCAAAAUCGAAGGUAUCUAACUUUAGAGGUACGAAAUCAUGGCCGACAGUGAGCAAUUGGUCUGCAUCAGCUGCGUAUCCGAGGUACGGUACUCUUUCGUAAGCCACCUCUCCGAAGCUCUCCGCCGGAAAGGCAUAUAUAGUGUGAUCAUAGAUGUAGAUAGCGAUGAUCUGCUUUCCAAGGAGUCGCAGGCAAAGAUCGAGAUAUCUAGGGUUUCUGUGAUGGUUUUAUCCAGAAUCUGUGAGCCAACUAGAGUAUGCCAAAACUUCGUGAAUGUUAUCGAGUGCCAGAGGAACAAGAACCAGGUGGUGGUUCCGGUGUUGUACGGCGAGAGUCCAUUACUGGGCGAAUGGCUCAGCGUGCUGGAUUUGAGAGAUUUCUCGCCAGUUCACCAAUCCAGGAAGGAAUGUAGUGACUCCCAACUUGUAAAAGAGAUUGUCAGAGAUGUGUAUGAGAAGCUCUUUUAUAAGGGACGGAUUGGAAUCUAUUCGAAGCUGCUGGAGAUUGAGAAAAUGGUUUGCAAGCAACCGUUGGGCAUCCGUUGUGUUGGAAUUUGGGACGAUAUGACAGAGCAGAAUCUCCACGAGGUGUCAAUGAAAGUGAUUAAGUAUGCUGAUGGACAUCCAUUAGCUCUCAAUAUUUAUGGCAGAGAGCUGAAGGGGAAAAAAGGACCGCCCGAAAUGGAGAUAGCAUUCCUCGAACUCAAGGAACGUCCUCCAACUAUGUUUGUUGAUGCAAUCAAGAGCUGCUAUGACACACUCAAUGACAGGGAAAAAAACAUUUUUUUGGACAUAGCUUGUUUCUUUCAGGGAGAAAAUGUCGACUACGUGAUGCAACUGCUUGAGGGUUGUGGUUUCUUUCCACAUGUUGGAAUUGAUGUUCUUGUCGAGAAGUGUCUGGUGACUAUUACAGAGAACCAAGUGCGGAUGCAUAACUUGAUCCAAAAUGUUGGCCGACAAAUAAUAAAUAGAGAAACAAGACAGACUAAGAGGCGCGACAGACUGUGGGAACCUUGGAGCAUCAAAUAUUUAUUAGAAGAUAACGGAGAAAAAGAAAAUGGAGAACACAAAACAACUUUGGAACGUGCUCAGGGCCCUGAAGAGAUCGAAGGCAUGUUUCUGGACACAUCAAACUUAAGUUUUGAUAUUAAGCCUGCUGCCUUUGAUAAUAUGUUGAACCUUAGAUUGCUCAAGAUUUACAGUUCCAAUCCUGAAGUCCAUCAUGUAAAGAAUUUCCUCAAAGGCUCUCUCAAUUCUCUUCCUAAUGAGCUAAGACUCCUCCAUUGGGAGAACUAUCCUCUGCAGUUUCUGCCCCAAAAUUUUGAUCCUAUACACCUUGUUGAAAUCAACAUGCCGUACAGCCAACUUAAGAAACUUUGGGGUGGAACCAAGAACCUGGAGAUGUUGAAUACUAUCAGACUUUGUCAUUCCCAGCAACUAGUUGAUAUUGACGAUGUUUUAAAAGCUCAAAAUCUUGAGGUAAUUGAUCUCCAAGGUUGUACAAGACUGCAGAGUUUCCCAGCCACAGGUCAAUUGCUACAUCUACGAAUUGUAAAUCUCUCUGGUUGCACAGAGAUCAAAAGUUUCCCAGAGAUUCCCCCAAAUAUUGAGACACUGAAUCUACAGGGGACUGGUAUAAUAGAAUUACCACUUUCCAUUAUUAAGCCAAACUACACAGAGCUUUUGAAUCUUCUAGCUGAAAUCCCGGGUCUUUCAGGAGUCUCAAACCUUGAGCAAAGUGAUCUCAAACCUUUAACAAGCCUGAUGAAAAUGAGCACAUCUAAUCAAAAUCUUGGCAAGCUUAUUUGCUUGGAGCUGAAAGAUUGUGCUCGUUUGCGAAGUCUGCCAAACAUGAAUAAUUUAGAACUUCUCAAAGUUCUUGAUCUUUCUGGUUGCUCAGAGCUCGAGACUAUCCAGGGUUUCCCACAGAACCUGAAAGAGUUAUAUCUUGCUGGCACUGCAGUAAGACAAGUGCCACAACUUCCUCAAAGCUUAGAACUCUUUAAUGCACAUGGUUGUGUCUCUCUCAAGUCAAUUCGUUUGGACUUCGAGAAGCUUCCUGUGCAUUACACACUUAGUAAUUGUUUUGAUCUCUGUCCAAAAGUGGUCAGCGAUUUUUUAGUGCAAGCGCUGGCUAAUGCGAAACGCAUACCAAGAGAGCAUCAACAGGAACUCAACAAAACUUUGGCUUUCAGCUUCUGUGCGCCCUCACAUGCGAAUCAAAAUUCCAAACUUGAUCUGCAACCAGGAUCUUCUGUAAUGACACGACUAAAUUAUUCUUGGAGGAACACACUUGUGGGCUUUGCUAUACUGGUGGAAGUCGCAUUUUCUGAGGCUUACAGUGAGGCUACUGGUUUUGGCAUUAGUUGUGUUUGCAGAUGGAAAAACAAGGAAGGCCACUCUCAUAGGAUAGAAAGAAAUUUGCAUUGUUGGGAUCUAGGGAAAGCUUUUCAAAAGGAUCAUAUGUUUGUCUUCUUUGAUGUCAACAUGCGUCCAGGUACUGAUGAAGGAAGUGAACCCGAUAUCUGGGCUGACUUGGUUGUCUUUGAGUUCUUUCCUGUCAACAACCAGACAAAGCCUCUAGAUGAUAGUUGCACAGUGACAAGAUGUGGAGUCCGCGUAAUAACUGCUGUAAACUGCAAUACAAGUAUCGAGAAUAUAUCACCAGUUUUGUCCUUGGAUCCGAUGGAGGUUUCUGGUAAUGAAGAAUCAAAGAAGACUGACAGAUUGGUCGACAAUAUUCAGACUUCCAUGAUCGAUCCAAAGGAAAUCGAGAUCACUGGUUCACAGAAUCGCCGAAAGAAGAGCAAGGCAAAGAAAGUGGUUUGCGUUGUGGAUCCAGGAAGCCGGUCCAGUGAAGUAGUAGUUCCGUCUGACCUAUGGGUUUGGCGAAAGUACGGUCAAAAACCCCUCAAAGGUUCUCCUUAUCCUAGGAAUUACUACAGAUGUACCAGCUCCAUAGGUUGUUCAGCUAGGAAACAUGUCGAACGUAGCCGCACCGAUCCAAACAUGUUAGUCAUUACUUACAUCUCUGAGCAUAACCAUCCAUCCCCCACUCAACGCAAGGCUCUUGCCGGCUCCACUCGUUCCCCGUCAUCCUCCAAAUGCUCAGCUGUAACUACUUCUGACUCAUCUAGAGUCUCCCAACACAAAGACGAACCGGAUAAAUCCCAUUUGCCUUCCUCUCCCGCUUCUCCUCCUUAUGCGGACAUGGUGAUUAAGGAGGACAUGAGGCGAUGGUAUGAUAUGGAGUUCAAUGAUGACGUUGCAGAUACCUUCACACCGCAAUUUUUUCCAGAGGAUAUCUUUGCUGAUCUCGACAAGCUUGAGUCGAAUUCUCAGACUAUGUUUCUCGCUCACAGUAGCAGCGGAGGCAACAUGGAAAACCAAGGGCGGAACUCUAGUGAUGAUAUGGGGAGCUUUGUUGUAGAACACUUGUCUCAGUCAGUGCUUGUGAAAAUUGAAGAGGAUUUCGAGAAAAGUCUGUCUGAAUUUGUUGUUUCAUUCAAGAAUGUUUUCUUGUUGGAACUACUGAUAUGGAAUCUUGAUUCUGCAACGGGAAACAAUGAUACUUUGGAUAUACAGAGAGGAGCUACAUUGUUUAAUAGAGCUUGUAUCGGGUGUCACGAUACAGGUGGAAACAUUAUUCAACCGGGCGCAACGCUUUUCACAAAAGACCUCGAAAGAAAUGGAGUUGAUACCGAGGAAGAGAUAUAUCGUGUUACCUACUUUGGAAAGGGAAGAAUGCCGGGAUUUGGAGAGAAAUGCACACCGAGAGGACAAUGUACCUUUGGACCGCGGUUGCAGGACGAAGAAAUCAAGCUUCUGGCUGAAUUUGUAAAGUUUCAAGCUGACCAAGGUUGGCCAAAUGUAUCUACUGACUAGCGAGUAGCAACGAAGAAUUAGUACAGUUCAAUUCGGUUGGUGAAGUAAAAAUUUGCAGCAGUA